AUGAUCUCAUCGUCCAGCACUUCUUGGUUACUUCCCUUUUCAUUGGGGGCUGCCAGCGCUUUGGCGUUGGUAUGGCUGGGAAAUGAGACUUUCGAAAAUACUGCAAAGCAACCUUCAAAGGUCACAAAGAAGAAAUCUGAUCCAAAAACUCCAAAAGUCGAAGCAUUGAUUGACGACGCAAAGGAUGAGCAGGCGGAGUUAUUAAAACACACUCCAAAGGUCGCAGAAAAGAAAGCUGAUCCAAAACCACCAAAAGUCGGAGCUUCGACUAACCACGAAGCAAACGAUGAGCAGGAGGAAAUCAUGGACAAACCUGACUUGGAUCACCGAAUGCUACGAAAAGCUGAAGCAGUAAUUCAGUGGCGUACAACUCGUUUGGUUCUAGUGGUCGAGAGGUGUACAAAUGAUCACAACUACAGUGCCAUUCUUCGAACUGCGGAAGCUUUGGGCAUCCAAAUUGUCUACAUGAUCGAUCCACCAGAAGUCGGCGAUGGGGAAGGCCUGCCAACAAACAGAGUGCAGUCGCAGAAACAACAUUUAAGAACUCCAGAAGAAAUUGAAGCCAGAAGAAAGCACCAUUUGUUUGCCAGGAAUGCGACGGAGUGGUUGGAUGUUCGAGAUUUUACGUCUGCCGAGGACUGUGUCACGGAGUUGCGAAGACAGGGAUACAAAUUGUGGGUGACCGACUUGUCCCAAGAGGCCGAGUGUCUCACCAUGACAAGUCCUGCCAUGCCAGAAAAAAUUGCGUUGGUCAUGGGGACGGAAGCGGUGGGUUGCUCUCAAUACAUGUUGGAUCAAGCCGAUUUGAGAGUAUAUUUGCCGCUUCGAGGAUUUGCAGACUCGUUGAAUCUGAGCGUAGCGACGGCUUUGAUUCUGCACCAACUGUUCAUCAUGGACCCAACACUAGUAGGUGGCAUUACAGAGGAAGAAAAGGCAGAAAUUCGGGAAGAGUGGUAUACCAAACUUUGUCAGCAACGAUUAUUGACCAAUAAGCAAAAGAAAAUACGGUCCAAGUUGCAGACGCAGAUCAAGAGAUGUCAGGCGAUUUGGGACCGAACACAGGCUAGUGACACACCACUCCAACCACAAGAACAACAGAAGCUGGAAGAAUGGGACAAAUGCAAAAUAGAAUUGGCGGAGAUUGAGGCACUAUUAGACCCUGCCAAAGUGAAGGUUGCCGUUCAAGAGUGGCUGGAUAACCCGCCCAAGCCGUUGACCGACGUGCGACGAGCGGAUUCGCAUCGUAUCUGCUAUGUGGGGAAGAAUACUAGAAAGUUUCAUGAAGACCAUUGGAAGGACAUGGUUGCCACUUCAGAUAAAACGACAAUACAUGGGGCCACAGCGAAUGAGUUUCGAAGUAAAGUAAAUGAAGCAAAGAAGUAA